AAUUAGAAGACAUUGAUAUAAACGAAGACUUUGGAUACGCGGAAGAAAAUGGAAAUGCAAAACAAAAAAUCUACGAUUACGAAAUCAACCAAACUCUUCAACAAAGUUUAAGUCAAUUUAAACACCAAAAUUCCUAUAAGCAUUGUUGCCAAAAUAAACAGUCAAAUGAGAUAAAUACGCAAGAAUACAAUGAAAUUUCAAAAAAAUACAGUCGCUUAAUUAAGGAGAACGAGGAGCUUAAAAACAAUGCCGAAAAGCUUAACAGAGAAUUACAAAAUAAGAAAGAAAUUUGGGAACAAACCAACAAGAAGAAUCAAGACAUUAUCAAUAAUUUGAAUGAAGAAAUCGAAUCGUUAAAAUCAGUCUGCAACCAAAAUCAAGAAAUAAUCGAUAAUCUGAGUAAUGAAAUUGUUCAAUACCAAUCCGCUUUCGGCGAUCUAAUUAAUGUUCGUUUGGACAAUCAAGAUCCGAAUAAUCCUGUUAAUCUUACUAAGGAUGUUCAUAAACUUCGAGAAGCUUUAUAUGAUUUCACUUUUCUCAAGGGAAAAGCAUAUAUUAUCAAUAAGGACAAUGUUCAACAAUUAUUUAAUAUAUUGAAGACGAAAGCUAGCACAAAUCACAAACCUUCAGUUAGUGCGGCCUUGCAACGUUUGACAAUUAAGAAGAUACUCAAAGAUUACAAUGAUUACAUGAACACGUAUAUGACACAAGAUAAAAUCCUUUCUACAUAUAAUUCUUCCGAUAACAAAUCUCUCGAAAGAAGACUCGUUACAUGCGUAGAUAAUUUAACUAGCAUGGUUAAAGAUUUUAACAAAACUCGAGAAGGAAAUGAUAACAACGCUGCCGGCAUUACCGAAAUCCAAAUCCGUCAAGAAAUCUAUGCUAUGUUGGGGAAUAGAGGUUUCGGACAAAAAGGAAAUCAAGUUAUUAAUGAUCUAAAAAAAGCGCUUCUUAAAAUGUUGGAACAUUAUCGUGCAAUCACCGAUGACACCAUAUCUAAAAAGCAAGAAGAUCAUGCUGACGAAAUUAUACUUGGGAUCAUCCGUAUUUUUAAGUAUCGUCUCUUAACUCAAGAGCCAAUCGUUACUUUUCGGUGGUUCGAGCAUGGAGAGCCUCUGAAUGAUACUUUGAUGGAAUGGGUCUCAGCAGGUGAGGAUGAAACGAACAUGUUUGUCGAUAUUUGCGCAUUUCCAGCGAUUGGAGUGAACUUCGACGAUCCCACCAAAUGUCAAAUUUACACCAAAGCUCAAGUACAAAUUUGCAACAUUCCAACCGCCCCCAAAGAAAAGCAGAUGGUAUCGAAGUUUAAGCAACAAAUAACUAUCUCGCCAUUAUCAAAUACGAUGAAACAACCAAAAAUCAAUAACGAUAAUGUACCACAACUUCGAAAUUUACUCGCAUUAUUUACGAUUCUUAUUAUGAUCAUCGGUUCUAUAACAGUACCGAACGACAACCUCGCAUUAGAUUCAAAUAUCAACUCUACUUUCUUUGGUACCAAUAUUACUGAAAAAAACGGCGACAUCGCAUUAGAUUCAAAUAUCGACUCUACUUUCUUUGGUACCAAUAUUACUAAAAAAUCUAGCUACGAUUGA